AUUUCUGGGGAGUUUUCCAUUUUGUCCAGUUCUUCUUUCGUUUUGAGAAUACUGCUUUUAGGCAGAAUUGUUAUACUGCACUUACAUGCUCUGAUCAAUGGGGGGAACUCUAGCAAAAAAAUAAAUGUAUGUGUGUCAUGAGAUGCCACUACCAGCAAUAAGAAGGUCUAUUAAGUAUGUUUGCAUAUGUGAAACACCCACAAGGCGGUGAUAGGUCAAGUUCUGGAUCUUAAGAGUAAAGAAAGGCAAGAGCAGUGUGUUAGUAGUACAUGAAAUGUUGGAUGUUUGUGGUUUGUACUCGUAGUCCAUAUAUUUACUGUGCAAGACUUGGAUAGUUACCUUAUUUUAUUAAUGAGCAAAUCUGUCCUGGAUGUACAGUUUGGGUCAUCCUGCAUUUACAUUGUUUUAUUGUAUUUUUAGCUUAAUCUACCAGCAUUUAAUCUCAUUGCAGAUUAAUUUUUCUCCAAAUCUGUUUUGCUAGCUUUUUCACCCUUACAGACUUGGCAACCGUCAGUCUUUAGAACGACUCCUUUGUGGACUUGAGAAAAAAAAAAGAGUGAGUUUGUAUUUUUUGCAUUUUAUUGUUACACAUGUUUUAAAAAACAUGCAGUUGAUUCUUGGUUGUUUUAAGGUUACUUUGUGGUUAACAGUAAUGUGUAGGAGAUGACACAACAAUGAAUGGACAACACAAACAAGGCAACAAACAGUACUACAGUGUAAAACUACAAUGUAAGCCUUGUUAUUCUUCCCCAAGAGCUUUCCUCAGACUCUGAAAGAACGCAGCAGUGAAUUAUAGACUCUGUAUGCUCACUAGUCUCUAUGACUGAUAAACUAAUUUGUUCUAUCUUGCCCUUUAAAAUGAAUCAUUAACGCAAAUGUGACGACAAUUAAAGUGGGUGGACGUUGACUGCACUUCAACACUUGACCUGUUUCCACUUCUCCACUUCUGCUGAAAGCAGACAGUUGCUGCUUUAUUUGCCAAGAUCUUCAGAGAUACAUCAACUCAGGGACAGUCCAGUUCUGUUUCUUAAUAAUACUACAACUAAAAUGGCUUGCAAACAGCAAAGUCAGCAAGAUGAGCCACAUGGAGUUGACCUGGACUGCAUUCAGUUUUCCUGUUCAGUGUGUUUGGAUCUUCUGAAAGAACCCGUCACCAUUUAUUGUGGACACAGUUAUUGUAAAAGCUGCAUUGAGCAUUGCUAGGAUGGAGAGGAGGAGAAGGGUGAAUACAGCUGUCCUCAGUGCAGGGAGACAUUCAGCCAUCGGCCUGUUCUCAGGAGGAACAACAUGCUGGCUGAGGUUGUGAAUAAGCUAAAGAGCACAAAGUCAACAUGUCCUUCUCUGGUCUAUGCCAGCCCAACAGAUGUUGCCUGUGACUUUUGCUGUGGGAUCAGAAUCAAAGCCACCAUGUCAUGUUUGACCUGCUUGGCAUCUUACUGUCCCACUCACCUCGAGCCUCACUACAGUGUUGCUGUGUUGAAGAAGCACGAGCUGGUGGCAGCUACAGUGUCAAUACAGGAGAAAAUGUGCACCAAGCACAGCAAGUUAAAGGAGCUCUACUGUGAGCAAGAUGAGCAGCUUGUUUGCUCUUUGUGCAUAGUGGAUGAGCACAAGGGCCACGGAUGUGUUUCCGCUUCAGCACUCAAGGAUAAGGCAAAGAAUCAGCUGGCUUUAAAUCAAAGGAAAAUCCAGGACAAAGUCGAAAAGAAAGAGAAGAAGCUGAAAGAACUGAGCCAAGCCAAGGAGAGUCUCGAGAGUUCUGCUCUGAUUUCCCUGAACGACUGUGACAAGAUCUUCGAUGAGCUCAUCUCUUCCAUGCAAAGAAAACAGAGUGAGGUGAAGCAGCUGAUUAAAGCCCAAGAAAAAACUGCCACCGCUCAGGUGGAGGACCACCAGUCUCAGUUGAAGGAGGAGAUUACAAAGCUGAAGAGAACAUACGCUGAACUGGAAAAAGCUUCGGAUGCAGAUGACCUCAUAUAUCUGAUGCAGCAUCCUGGGAUUCUCCAGAUGGCUCACCUGGAGCUCCUCCUCAACGCUCCUUUAAAGACAUAACCGAGUGUUUGUCUGAGCUCAAAGAUAAACUGGAAAUGUCACUGAAAGAAACAUGGCCCAUGAUCUCAGCCACAGUUUCAUAUGUUGACUUCUCACUACCUCCAGCCCCCAGCAGCAGAGAAGAGUUUUUACGUUAUGUUUAUCCCCUCACGCUGGAUGGGACCUCAAACUAUCGUUAUCUCCACCUGAUAUGCGAGAAUCGCAGGAUGAGACCUUCACCCGGCCAGGCUUCAGCUCAUCUGGACAGAUUCACUAAAUUUCCCCAGGUGCUGUGCAGGGAGGGUUUGGCAGACCGGUGUUACUGGGAGGUAGAGGGACAUGCUCGCAUUCUGUCUGUAGCAGUGGCUUAUAAAAACAUCAGCCGGACAUCUGAUGAGUCACAGUUUGGCAAAAAUGACAAGUCCUGGAGUUUAGACUGCACAGCAGACGGCUUUUUAUUCUGUCACAAUAAUGUAGAAACCAAAGUGCCCGGCUCUGGUCUCUGCAAGAUUGGAGUCUUCCUGGAUUAUAAAGCAGGCACUCUGUGUUUUUAUCGCGUCUCUGACCCAAUGGUUCUAAUCCAUAAAGUCCAGACUGCAUUCACCCAACCUCUUUAUCCUGGGGUUGGGAUAAAUUAUGAAUGGUAUGAUACUGGAGUAUUUGCACAGCUGGUUAAGUUAUGGUAAAUCUUUUCAAAGUGAUAGAGAUGUUAAACAUUUUUAAGACCCCAUCUCUAAAGGAUCCUCAUCCAUCACUAAAGCGUAGCAGGCAGAGGUGGGAAGUGUAAAAAUACAAAUUUUUUUACUUUUAGCUUUUACAUUUUUAAACACAUAUCUACACUUUCUACUCUUUACAUUUUCAGCACAGGCUCAUUAGUUUCAUUUAUACUCAGGGGUUAAAGUGGGCCAGAAUGAGUGCCGGUCUUUGUAAGUUGUGGUUGUGGUACUUCAGCAUCUUGUUAGUCCUACUGAAAAGCAGCAAAUAUAAAGGAUUUUUUGUGGUAGGUCAUUUCAAAUGCAACAUUUCUAUCAGCUCAACAAGUGUCAGCAAACACACAAACUGUGUGCAGUUUGACGCGCAGUGUGUUAACGCUAAAGGUUCAGCUGCUGUAUCUCACAGUGUGACAAAGUGGGUUAACAGUUGGUAUACUCAUUACUUGUCUCAUAAGCAUUAACUUUUUACACAUUAAGCACACUAUUCUCUACGUAUUAGCGAUGGCCACAAGGCACCGAUUCAAGCGGCUCUGUAUUUUUUUUGGCCGCCAGAUGGCGCCAAAUGGGAUGUGUUGAAAAGCUUCUGGUAAUGAACCAUUUUUUGAUACACGCUUCAGUUUCUCAGUAAGCUUCAUUUGGCCAAUACUAUUGCAGUUUCCUUGAACAACUGCUCCACAGCUUGCUUCAUGCGAUAAAUAAAUAAAUAAAGGGUGAAGGAUAACGUCCCUUCAGGUUCCUGAGUGAAUCACACGACUGGUUGAAACCAUUGAUGCUGUUAUGUAAGAAGACAAACAGAAACAGUGGUAACAGCUCCAAACAUAAGUUUACAUAAUCACAUGAGCCAAGGUGUGAAAACUGGUCAUGUGAUUAA